GUUUGGGAAUUGAGCCCGAGGUGAGCGAGAACAGUCGCUGUCGGUGCUUCCGUCUCGACACCGUCUGAAUUGGAAUGACUUUGCGGAAUGACUGGUGAAGCCAUGACCGAAGCGGCCUACCACGUGAUCUGCACCACUGCCCUGUCUGCUCUCCUGCUGCUGGCUGUGGUGGCUCUGCUCUGCCUCGUCAUGUGCCGGCUGGCUGGAUCGCUGCCUCUGGGCGGACCGGGCACCUUCUGAGUGGGGCAGAUUAGGUUCCUCGCCUCGUCAUCAUCAUCAUCAUCAUCAUCAUCAUCAUCAUCAUCAUCAUCAUCAUCAUCACCGAGAGAGAAAAAUAGACGAAUCUGUCACAUCAGCGACACCAUGAAGUGGAUAUUGCAGCUUGUCGUCAUCUGCUGCAGUCUCCUAGCUAUGCCGUCUUCGGUCCAAGGAAGCUUUCCUGAGCAAGAGAAGGAUCCCAAUUUCUGGAGAUCCUGGGCGCAACGGACCCUGAACAACGCACUGAUGCUGCAGCAGCUCAACCAGAACCGAGCCAAGAACCUCAUCAUGUUCCUCGGAGACGGGAUGGGCGUUCCCACGGUGACGGCCGCUCGGAUAUUGAAGGGUCAGCUGAGCGGACGCCCUGGAGAGGAGACUGUGCUGGAGAUGGACAAGUUCCCCUUUGUGGCUUUGUCCAAGACGUACAACACGGACGCGCAGGUGGCUGACAGCGCCGGCACGGCCACAGCCUUCCUGUGCGGCGUUAAGGCCAACGCGGGCACGGUGGGCGUGAGCGCCAAUGCCAUCCGCUCCCAGUGCAACACCAUGCGGGGCAACGAAGUCACCUCCAUCCUCAAGUGGGCCAAGGACGCAGGCAAGUCGGUGGGCAUCGUGACGACGACUCGCAUCAACCAUGCUACACCCAGCGCCGCCUACGCCCACAGCGUGGACCGAGACUGGUACUCGGACAACGAGAUGCCGGCUGAGGCGCUGCAGGCUGGCUGCAAAGACAUCGCCAGGCAACUGUUUGAAAAUAUCCCAAACAUUGAUGUUAUGAUGGGCGGAGGAAGGAAGUACAUGUUCCCCAAAAACACGUCAGACGUGGAGUAUCCCGACGUCGAGAAGCACAACGGCACGCGCAACGACGGUCGGAACCUGGUGCAGGAGUGGAUCGAUAAAACCAAGGACAAAAAAGGCCAUUACGUGUGGAACAAGUCUCAGCUCCUGUCGCUCAACCCUACCAAUGUCGAUUACUUACUAGGUCUCUUUGAACCGUCAGAUCUCACGUACGACUUGGAGAGGAACGCUGAAACCGAUCCGUCACUCACAGAGAUGGUGGACGUGGCCAUCAAGAUCUUGAGGAAGAACCCCAAUGGAUUCUUCCUGCUUGUAGAAGGCGGACGUAUUGACCACGGUCACCACAGCGGUCUGGCCAAGCUGGCUCUGUACGACGCCGUGGAAAUGGACCGGGCCGUUGGCCGAGCGGGCCUGCUGACCGGCAUCUCGGACACCCUGACUGUCGUCACCGCCGACCAUUCGCACGUGUUCAACUUUGGAGGUUACACGUUCAGAGGAAACAGCAUUUUCGGCUUGGCCCCCGAGCUGAGCGAUGUUGACCAAAAGCCCUUCACUGCCAUUGUGUAUGGCAAUGGACCGGGUUACAAGUUGGUCAACGGUGAACGGGAGAACAUCUCCACUGUCGACUUUGAGGACAUGCACUACCAUGCUCAGGCCGCCGUUCCUCUCAGCUCCGAGACCCACGGAGGCGAAGACGUGCCCGUGUUCGCCAAGGGCCCGCUGGCUCACCUGAUGCACGGCGUGCACGAGCAGAACUACAUCCCGCACGUCAUGGCCUACGCGGCCUGCAUCGGGAGCAACAAGGCGCACUGCGCCCACGGCUCUCCCAUUUUUGACGACGCCACACGUCCCGUCUUCUCCAGCGUCGUCGCCGCCCUGGCGGUCGCGUCAUUUCUGUGCUGACACAAAUGCGCCAUUUGGGAUUUUACAGCUGUUUUCUCUUGUUCUUCACACACGUAUGUCAAACAUAGCAUGAUAACUCCACACGUCGUGGAGGUUGCCACACAAUUUCCCUCUGGAGUACCUGUGGCAUGCGCUAUAGCAGUGUUUCCCAACCUUUAUUGAGACUACGUACGUAUUCCACAUUCCAAAAAAACUCCCAACACUCCGACACUGAUCUAUUCUCAAUUUACUCAAACAUUGACUUACUUGGGUGUGAAAUCUGGGUCUGUUAAGUACAGCACAAAGCAAUUCUGUCUCAUGAAAGGCAACAGCUGGAUCCAACUGUUCUUUCGAGCACUAUAUGUUGCUGGCAUAGAUAGAUGAUCAAAGACAAAAUAUCUCACAAGAGUGAGAACACACUUUGCAAUUUAGUAAAGAUUCUAUUUUUUUCAUGGAACAACAUUGAAGAAAUGACACAUCGCAGUAGUUAGCGCUCAGCUUGUAUAAGAGUGUAAAUUUACCGUCACCUCAAAAUAUCUCAUCACACAGCCGUUAAUGUCGAAACGGCUUGCAACCAAAGUGAGUACACCCCUGAGUGAAAAUGUCCAAAUUAGGCCCCAAAAGGUGCACUUAUUGUGAGAUACUUUGUUAUUUGUUGUAAAUAAAUAGUUUCCAGACAAAAUAAGUGAAAUUGGACAGUAAACCCCUCGAACUAAUGUGCCGUGGGACAGUGUUUGGAAAUCACUGCACAGAGGGGCAGUCAGCAGAUUGGGUUUUGCAAGUAUUGGCUUUGUUGUUUUUGUUUUUGAAACAAUAACAAAAUCUACCUCAUACAUGUUGAGAUGAUGAGAUGUGGUCUGUGCAAAAACAGUUAACAGCUAAAGAGACUUUAUUGUACUGUGACGUCUGAAAAGUCAAACGCUAGCUUUGUUUUCAUGAGUUCCCCCCGCAGCAGCCAUUUUCACAUAGUAAAGCAGUAGGUAAUCCAGAGAAACAUGAUAUAUAGAUGUACAUAUUUAUUCUUUUCUUCUUUCAUCAUAAUGGCCGCAUCCAUCGGUUCAUCCUCCAUGAACCAGGAAGUAGUCCGCUAAAGCUGUGCGCACACAUACCGAUGUUUAAAAUCUUAACCAGUCUGACAAGGAAGAAAAGAAAAAAAAAGUUCUUACUGCGCUAAUCGUCGAGAUGACCGACACGGCACACCGCGCAUGUACUGAUAGCUAAACCGACAAUCGUGAGCCUCUUGCCGUAAACCAGAAGUCUGGCGCAGUACCAAGACAAGUGGGUCCUAAUUGUCUUUCGUUCCACAGCUCGGCCAAACACUGAACAGGUUUAAUAUGUACGAUUGUCGGUCCAAACUGUUUUCUGAAAGGAUCAGGGAGGGAAAAUCCUUCUUAGCUCACCUCACUCCACAGGAUAAUCGCUCAGGAUAUUCUUUUAGAGACAUCCGAUUACCAGGCUUUUACUGAGAAAAACGUUAAAAUUGUGCACAAUUAUCUGUACGUGUCUACCAUGCUUUGGCAACAAAUAAAUAUUUUAAAAAAUG